UGAGGGGGGCGGCCGCCAUGACCCUGAGGGCUUCGGGCCGCCUCACCCUGUGUGGAGCCCUGUUGCCCGACAAGGAGCCGCCGGGCGGGGACGGACACCACCACGACGACGACGACGACGACUCCGGGGACGAGCAGCAGUUCCUGGACGCCGAGGAGAUGUGCGGCGGCCUGCUGCUCGCCCGCUGCCUCCCCCCCCGACGCACUGUUAUAAUUGCCGAUGAGUACUCCCAGAAAGAAAUUAAGGUGUAUGGACGUUUUCCUUUGGUGGAUCCUUGGUGGAGAAUGAAGGUGGAGGUUAAACUUGUGGGAUCAGAGUACUGGGUACAGGGUUACCCAUCCUACUUUUUACAGACUCACAUACCAGACAACACAAAAUCCAUUUUUUCCCUCUUUCUUCACAAUUGUGGUCUUUCGAAUGAUAUCAAAGCUAAGUUUUGGGAGUGGGUUUCGGAAGAGUCGCAGCUUCCAUAUCCGAACUUCAAAAGUCUCGUGAAAGCCCUAUAUGAGUUUGAAAUGGACCGUCUUCUAGAAGAAAGGAAAUCACAGAAGAAACUUGACAGUUUGCAGAAUGAAUUCCAGGGCCCUUUGAAAACAAUUGCUUAUUCGACCGCAGUGCUAGCUCUGAAGUUUCCGAAGAUAGUGGAAUUUCUUCCGAUCCUUCUACCAAGCAUCUUUGAGAACCUCUUGAGCUCAGGAUAUCCUGAACCCAUGUUUGAAAAAAUGCAAGAAACCUUGGAUUCAGAGCCUUGGAAGUUUGGAUUCAGUAAAAUAACCUACAGGGAAUUUGGCCUCGUUGGAUGCGAGGCAACGUGGACGGCCCUCUGUCAGUGUAAAGCUCUCCUCGAGACGAUUCCCGUUCUCCAGAAGAACGCCUUAAUCACGUACACCAAACUGAAGCAGAACUGUAGCUACUUUGGGGACACCUACGUGGAGCAAGACAGACUCACCCGAGAACUGUCGAAGCAGAUGGCGGUACAGGAUACCUGGCACGCCCUGGAAUUUUUGAGAGAUCACGGGAUAAUUGUCUGCGAAAAGGAACGGGUCGCCCUGUGGGACCUUCACCAGGCCGAAAAGGACAUCGCCUUUUACAUCGACCAUCUCCUGAAGAUCCCCGCCUGGCAUCUAGGAGUCGACGUAAAGGAAGUCCUGAGAUCCGGCCUGAGCCAGAAGGCCAAGAUGGCAGACGGUGACGACCCUCGGGAGAGGGGUCCCCCGAACGGCGCUCUAGGGGUCUGGGGCACGGGCGAUGGUCCUUCUGGUUCCGAGGGCGACGUGGGAGAAGGAGCUGAGGGGGACGUCGAGGUGGACGAGGAUCAGCAGAGCGCCCUAGAAAUGAUCUGCUCUAACCCCGUGACCGUCGUGAGCGGCAAAGGAGGGUGCGGGAAGACGACGAUCGUCAGCCGGCUCUUCAGUCACAUCAGGCAGAUGGUGGAACUUGAAGUCAAGAAGGCCUGCGAAGACUUUGAGUCGGACCGAGACGUGCCUGAAGAAUGGAAGGUUUUUGGCGAUCACCACCAAGGCGAAGAGCUUUCUGUGGAUAAGUACGUGGAGGUUUUACUUACCGCCCCUACUGGGAAAGCCGCAGGUCUGCUGAGACGGAAAACUUCCCUUCAUGCUUACACCCUGCAUCAGGUCAAUUAUAGCUUCUACGCCUGGAAGCGGAGUGACUCUCCACUGUCUUGGAAGUUUUCUUCAGUGAGGGUUCUUGUGGUGGAUGAAGGGAGCUUGGUGUCAGUCACUACCUUCAGAUCGGUUUUAAAGUUAUUGUGUCAGCACGCCCGGCUGGUUAAGCUUAUUAUUCUCGGCGAUGUCAGGCAGCUCCCAAGCAUUGAACCCGGCAACUUGCUAAUGGACAUGUUUGAGGCUUUUAAGACAAGAGGCUGUUCUAUAGAGCUGAAGACGAAUCAUCGAGCAGAGUCUCAGGUCAUCGUAGACAACGCCACAAGAAUCUCUGAACGAAAGCUCCCAAACUUUGAUGCAGAGGUGAAAAUAUUCCAAGGUCUCACAAAGCCAUUCCCAAGUGAAGACAGAAGAUUCGUUUUGAUUCUUCUGCCUGCAGAUGGAGGCGAUUUGUAUUCUGCCGUAAAUACUUUACUCAAAGAAGGAGCAGCCCUGAAAAGUGCCAAAGAAUCACAGUUUAUUGCAUUCAGAAGGCAAGACUGUGACCUAAUAAAUGAAUGCUGUUGCAAGCACUAUUCGAACCACUUAACCAGAGACCAUAAAAACAAAAUGCUAUUCCAGUGUGACGAUAAAAUCUGUUGCACAAGAAACGCUAACCUCAGCGACGUAAUUGAAAAAGGACCUCGUAAUUGCAAGGAAGCCAGCCCUAGCCACGGAGACGAGAGCGUACUCUUCAGGAACGAAAAUUCUGCUGCCCCUGGUCACGGAGACGGUAAAACCGACAGAUUGUUUGAGACGGACACUCGAUUGUGUAACGGAGAGAUAUUUUUCAUAACAAAUGAUGUAGUGGAUAAGACUUCAGAAAAACGCUUUUUAACCCUCGAUAACAUGGCCGGCUUGGUGGUCACCGUGGAUUUUAGAAAACUACAACGACACUGUCGUAUAAAACACGCAUGGGCAAGAACUAUUCACACAUUUCAGGGGUCGGAGGAGCAGACGGUGGUGUACGUGGUGGGCAGAGCCGGCCGCCAGCACUGGCAACACGUGUACACGGCCGUCACCCGAGGCCGUGCGAGGGUGUACGUCAUAGCCGACGAGGCGCAACUCUGCCAGGCAGUCCACAGGAAGAGCUAUCCCAGAAAGACACGCUUGAAACAGUUUUUGCAAGAGGCUUUUGCGGGCAGACGCGAAGGUCAGCAGGUCCCCGGGUCCCCGUCCACCCUGCAUCCGGCCCGUCGGGGGAUCGCCGAAAGCCAGGGGUUGACCAUGGACCCCGGUGGGGGCGCGGGGGACACCGGACAGGACCCCGUGGCCUCUGAGGCGGAGGAAGAGGAGAGCACUCUGCAGUCAAAAGGAACCAAAAGGAGCGUUGCCUUAGGCAGCUUCGAGAGCCCCAAAAAAGGCAUUGUGCAGGUGGUGGAAGCGCCAUCUCCGCUCGUAUCCAGCAGAUUUGAUAACCUGAGUCUGAAAAACUUGCAGCCCAGGCAGCUCUUCAAAACCACAAACAAUGAAGGACAGUAAUUAUUAUUUUUUAACAGCACAGAUGAAUUAUGAUGUUUCCUUCCAUCCAGCAAAAGACACCACGCAGAACCGAACCUCUACUUUGUGGAUCCCCCAUACAACGGUGCAUUUUAAAAUGGAGCGGUUUUUUUUUUUUGCGAGAGAGGGGUAGGGUAAUUCUGUUUUUAAUUACGUGUCAGAAAGUAAUUCAUAGAGCUCAGAACUCCCUGCAUUUUCAGGAUUAGGGUUGUUUCCUCAUUUGGGUACGCGCCCCUGCUACUGACCUGGUUGUAGGUUCCCUCAGCUACCUUGCGUUAGCAGCGCUGCAUUGCAAAGCUCAGUGAUGCUACCCCAUCAUUGUUUGAAGGAGCUGCUCACGAGGAGCUUCUGGGACAACCUGAUUGGAAGUACAGAUCUCUGCUGCCUCCCGCAAUCCCAGACGUUUUCAUUGUAAAAGCUUUUUUCAGAAGCGUUGGUACCUAUUUGGCCAUUGACAGAACCGGAGGUCAUUGCAACCUUGGCCUGCCCAAUCUCAACAGGAACACUUGUGGAGGGCUAGCACCGGGUCAGAAAGGCCGAUCAGCCAGCUAAAGUUAAGAUUAUCUGGAUAGAAUUAGGGACGGCUUUUCUUAGCAGAUCAUCAGGUGGAUGUCAGGAGUAGCCAGUGUCCUCCUCCGGUUCGUUAAAACUUGGCCCAGCUAGUUUCAGGAGAAGAGAUGGUAAUAGUAAUUGCGGUAUUUGUUAAGGGUUUACUAGGAGCCAGGUGCUGUCCUAAGCGCUGGGGUAGUUACAAGACAAUCAGGUAAGGCACAGUCCUUGUCCCAAAUGGGUUCGCAGCCUUAAGGAGGAGGGAGAAGAGCCAUUUAAUGCCCACUUUACAGAUGAGGACACCGAGGCUCAGAAAAGUAGUGACUCGGGGUCAUGCAGUAGGUAAAGGGCGGAGCUGGGAAUUAGAACUGUGGCCUCCUAACUGCAGUCUUGUGCUCUCUCUGGGCUAUGCUGCUUCUCUUUCUUGUUAUAUCUUUUAGAUUUACCAAAGGCACAGCCAUAAGGACUUGUUUAAAACAAAACACGUGUCAUUUUACCAAGGGAUCCUUUUAGGAGUAAAACCGCCUCAAUCCUCUAUAGAAAAAUACGAUUGUGUUUUAGCUGAAGUUUUGCAGGACUGUGGAACAGAGGUAAAAGCCACAUACGUUCAAAAGGAGCAGGGCUGAACUGGCUUCCCCUCACUGGAUUUUACUGGAUGCUUUUUGAGCGUGGAGCAGUGUCAUAAGUAAGUCAUCGGGGAGGAUCCAACAGAGGCAGAGGGGAAUAAAUGGAAUGGAGAGUUGCUCUGGGACAGUCCUCACACCCCCCUGCUCCCCCAGAGAGAGUUCUUGCCACUCUCUCUUCCUAAGCAACUCGUGUCCCAGAAGUGGGUGAGGGAACAGCACCCCAAACAUCUACUCACCCAAAUCAGGACCUGCCAACCGUUUGCGAGGUGAGACGAGGUGAGCUUCGAAUAAACGCGGCCAGUAACUGGUGUGCUAAGAAAUGUCUGCUUUUUUAAAAUCACCGUUUAUUCCAUUGUGUGGUUUGAUUUUUUUCCAUACAAAUAUCUGCAACAAUGAGUUCCCCAAAACCAUACAUAAGACGAUAAAUAUCAUGCUAUUAAAGUAUUAAAUUUGUACAAAAAUACUUUACAGUUUAAUACUUGUUUGUUACAAAUAAAAAUACAUAUUUAAGUGA